AUGGGAUGUGCGUUUCGUGCUCACUUGAAUCAAAUCUGCUCCAUCUGGUACACCGUGCUAAUAUUAUGCAUCCAGAGCUAUCUUCUCUAUUUAGGCUUCGAGAGGUACAAACUAUACACGGAGAUGAAAUGGCCGACAGGUGGUUACCCGCACGCAUGGCUCACCAUCUACAUCACUCUCUAUGCUGUCUGCAUCCCAUUGUCUUUACUUUUUUUCUCGUUUGGCUUUUUCAAAUCCGGAAACAUUGCUGGAGAUAAUGAGAAAUUGGCUGACAGAGAAGAUCGUGUUAUUGAACUGUCUACCAAUCGGAAAGGAGAAAAAUCAGGAUGUCUGCAUACCGUGAAGUCCUGCUGGCAGCACAGCCCACCGAUGCCGCAGCAAAUUCAUGUCGUCACUGCUCUCUGCCAACUGGUCGCACAGCAAUUCAUGAUUGCUCAGUUUUGUCGUCAUGGAUUUGUCAAUUCUGGUGAUUUUCUAAAUACCGAGUUGGAUUUUCUUUACCAACGUGCUCGACAACUGGCUACAAAUCUACCUAUGGGCGAAACACGUCUUGCUGGUUUCCAGAUUACUACUGAAGAGCUUCGUGGGUCUCCACUAGCACCCAACUUAUUGCCACUGUUGAUGAACUUUCGCCUAUUUGGAAUCCCUCUAGAGUUCGUGAAUUUCAUCAUCGCUCUCAUUGCAUAUGCCUCUUCGUAUCCCGCGGUCUUCUGGCGUGUGUCGAAGUCGUUCAGCCUAAUCUUUUCUCUGCACAUGUUCAUUCACUGUGUUGCGAUGAUCUGGGGAUACCUAGGAUUUAGUAUCUUGUUCAGAAUACAGGAGACCAACUACAAUAGCCUGCGACCAGUUGGACUUGGACAAUACUUAGUGCAGUCCCGGAACUGGCCAUUCUACCAUCCUUACGUUAUUGUUUUAACAUAUGUCACAUCUUUGGUUCUUAUGACAAUAGGACCGAUCGCUCUCUACUCUUAUGGAUACAACAAAUACUUCGUAAACGUAAUGAGCUACCAAGCCAAGAAUCAUCUUUGCGUCAGCAGUACUGGUGGUCAGAGCGAAUAUAGCGAUUACAAACGUCGUAACUACACCAGGCUACCAAGUCGUGAACUUUGCUGUGAUGGAUAUGCACCACAUACAAUUGCUAUCAUACUUCUUGUAUUAAUUGUCGUUGUACGAGCUCCAACAAUAUAUGCCCUUAUGAUUCUCUACCAGCAUGAAGAGAAGCCACUUUUAUUGACAUGCAUCGUUGUUGACGUUAUUUAUUUAUUCACAUGGAUUUUACUUUGGUUGAUGCUGACGUUGAAGAGGGAAUGGUCCUUCAACAUCGCUCACGCAGUUCACCAGAUUUAUGCCCUCCAGAAAGGGAUAGCAUCCGGUCACAUCAUGGGUAAUGAAAACCCAUCGCAGUUAAAAAAUUCUCUGAUUGUUAUGCAGAGAGACCACAUGUUUGUCACCGAUGAUCAAGCGCUGAAGCAAUCAUUGUUGCGGCAUUUACAACAUGGUUAUUUCGAGGCGCCUGAAGAGAUGUAUUGGUCGAAGUCUAAUGGAAAUCAAAGCAGUCCUAGCACACGGUUAUAUAAGCGACUAUUUACGUUAUGA